UUGUAAUCGGGCAGCACUGCUUGGGAAGGCGAUUGUCGCGGCAGCUCAUUCAAAUUUGUCAAGGCUGCAGCAUAUGCCGGGAAUCCCAAAUAGAAGAUUAGGAUGCUAUCCGAACCUACCCGUUUCAGAGUAUAAAGAGCGGCGCCGUUGCAGACUGGAACUAUUGGUCAGCCAGCACUUACAGCGAAAUGGUGCAUUUAGCGACUGAAAAGAAGACUGCGGAGGUGUCGGGGCCCAAAGCGCCCAGGCAGCUCCAACUGGGUGGCCACGUCGGAUUCGACACACUGCCCGAUCAACUGGUCAACAAGAGUGUGCAGAACGGCUUCAGCUUCAACAUCCUGUGCAUCGGGGAAACGGCCCUCGGGAAAUCCACGCUCAUGGACACCCUCUUCAACACCAGCUUUGGGGCCACGCCCAGUCCGCACAGCCUGCCCAAUGUGAAACUUAGGGCCAACACCUAUGAACUGCAGGAGAGCAAUGUCCGUCUGAAGCUUACCGUCUGCGACACGAUCGGAUACGGCGACCAGGUUAACAAGGCGGACAGCUACAAGGCUCUGGUGGAGUACGUGGACAGCCAGUUCGAGGCUUAUCUGCAGGAGGAGCUCAAGAUCCAGCGCACGAUGGCAAGUGCCCACGAUGGACGCGUCCACGCCUGCCUGUACUUCAUUUGUCCCACUGGCCAUGGCCUGAAAGCCAUGGAUCUGGUGUGCAUGAAGCAGCUGGACGCGCGGGUGAACAUCAUUCCCGUCAUCGCCAAGGCGGACACCAUCUCUAAAUCGGAGCUGGCUGGGUUUAAAGAUCGGAUAAUGGACGAACUGCGCCGGAACAAAGUGAGCAUCUACCAGUUUCCCACGGACGACGAAACUGUGGCCGAUACCAACGCCUCGAUGAAUGGCCAUCUGCCCUUUGCCGUAGUGGGCAGCACGGAGUUCGUAAAGGUGGCCGGAAAGCAGGUGCGUGCCCGACAAUAUCCGUGGGGAUCGGUGCACAUCGAGAACGAGGCGCACUGCGACUUUGUCAAGCUGCGCGAGAUGCUUAUCCGCACGAACAUGGAGGAUCUUCGCGAGCUGACCCACUCCCGCCACUAUGAGCUAUUCCGCCAGCGGCGACUGCAGCAGAUGGGCUUCGUGGACGUGGACAGCAACAACCAGCCGGUGUCCUUUCAGCAGACCUUUGAGUCCAAGCGCUCCGACCACCUGGCCUGCCUGCAGGCCAAGGAGGAGGAGGUGCGUCAGAUGUUCGUGCAGCGGGUGAAGCAGAAAGAGAACGAGCUGAAGGACAGCGAGAAGGAUCUGCACACAAAGUUCGAGCGGUUAAAGCGGGAGCACCUAGAGGAGAAGGCCCAACUGGAGGAGGCGCGUCGCCAGCUGGAGGAGGAGAGCCAAGAGCUGCAGAAACGCAGGCUGCAGCUGGCCAAUGGUACGCACACACUCACCUUGGGCAGGGGCAAGAAAAAGUAGUUUGCUUACUAAAGUUUCCGACAUUUUGAACGAUUUCGAUUUUAAAAAUACCAUCGAUUCGAUCGAUUUUUAUUCUUUUUUAGUUUCUUUUUACACACCAAUUAAAUUUGUUUAAAAUC